UAUUAUUUGGAUUUGCCUCAACGGUAAUAAUAAUCAUCACCCCUGUCAAUGGCGAAUCUGCUCCUUCAGCUCUCUUCGUCGUCUUCGUGUUCUUCACCUCUUAUCCGAAACCCUAGUCAUCGAUAUUGCAUCGGGAGAAUAGAGAGGCUACUAUGGCGGGACAUUGUGAUCCGCGAUUCCCGCGAGUGCCCUGCGGCGGGCGGUGGACGUUUCAGAUUCCGGUCUGAGGAGGGGCUCCGUGGCCGCGGAGGCUUCGAUCCUUUCGAGUUUGGAAAUAGGGAAAAGAAGAGGAUGUGGUGGUCCGAUUGCGAUGAGGUCUAUGAUGACUUUGGUUUUGGUUUUGAUGAUUGGGAGGAGGACGACGAUGAUGGCGAGCUUCUGCCUAUGGUUUUUGAGGUAUUUAGGGCUUUCAGUUGGAUGGUUGCACCCAUUGGCAUAUCUUUGCUGCUAGGAACAGACUCAAAUGCAGGUUUGAUGGCACUAGCAGUUCCGCUUGUACAGUCCAUUCUGCCCCUUGUGAUUGAUAAGGCUUGGAGUAGACCAAGCAUUAGACCUGUCAGAAGAACCAGAGGAACAACAUUUUCAAGAUCUGCAACCGUAGGCUACACAAGAUCAAGCAACAAUAGACAGGAGGAAAACCUGGCUGGCAUAAAUCUUGGAGGGUACAAUUCAUGGGUGGUAGGAGAUGCUGAUCCCAGCAGUACAGAUUCUAGGUAUGGGGGAUGGGAUGAUCUAGACACACAAAAGGAUAUUAAAUAUGCUCCUGAAAAUCCAUCAAGCGAAAAUGGGCGACCAAAGCUGCCGUACAAAAGAAAAGUGAGCCGGCCAUGGAGAGUCAGGGAUAAGCCGUUGCUUUUGAGGAUGCUGAUUGCUGUCUUCCCAUUUUUGGGCUCGUGGACCAAGUUGUUAUUUUGACAAGGGAUUUAACCACAGCUCGGAGACAUACAUUUUUCUUGCAGGUUAGUGCAGAAAUCAUACAAUUAGAAGAAAAAACAUUUUGGAUAAAAGAGGACAAGAAGCUUUUGGCAUACUUGUCGUCAAACCAAAUCCACUUCCCAGAUUCAUAAAGGUUAGCUUUCUUUUAUAUAAAUUUUUCAGUCAGUUACUGGCGGAAAAAAAAAAGCAUAUUCUGUGAGUUGAGAACAUAACAUGUUUGAGAUCCAUCUGUGUAUAAAAAAUGUGUUCUGUUUCAUC